AUGGAAAGCAACCGGUUCUCAAAAGAAAUAUUAACCAAACUUUUCCCAAUCAUCGAGGCUGAUUUGUCCGAUUCCGGUGCACUCGACAAUAUGCUGGAGUUUCUUUGUCAAGCCGGUGACUAUAGCUUACCGGAAGCUGUCAGGAUGCUCAUCCCAGAGGCGUGGCACAAUGUGGAUCCGAGUCAAGGUGACAUGCCUCAGGCUAAGUGGGAUUUCUACAAAUGGGCUGCCAACAGUUGUGAACCUUGGGACGGACCAGGUGAGGCAUGUUGUACGCCUGAUGCACUGCACCCCCCACUGCAAUUAGAACCCGAUACAUUUUGUGCGGUACCCAGCUGCUUUGUUCCUCAAGUCUAA